AUGGAUCUUGACGUGGAGUUCGACCAAGGAUCGGCGAUCAACGCCCAACAGUGGCUGAUUAAGAUGUUCCCAAACUUGGGUGGAAGCGGAUACUUGACCGCUGGUAUGGUCCUCGGAUACGGCAAGCACCUACGAACCCAUCGAACCCGCAUGACCUACGGCAAAGUCAAAGCAAGCCUUAGUCUCUACAUCAAGUACCAGCUCGAGCACCCGGACGACGGGACCACCGACGACUGCGAGUUAUACAUAGCAAGGCGUAUGGACCUCUUCCAUGAGGAUGAGUAUGCUUAG